AUGGACAGCCGGCCCGAGGUGCUGCGUAGCACACAGACGCCGCUGAAGAGGGGCACUGAUCAAAAGACGCCGCUCCGUACGCCACUGCGUACACCACUCAGUGCUGUAUCGGAGCAGACGUCGUCGACUCCCAUCACGCCGUUUGAAGCGAUUGAAUCACAGAAGGAGAAUGUACAGCCUCGAUCGCGUGGGCGCAGCGCUCACGCUCUCAGCCACACGUUGAGUAUGCACCAUAAAGAGAGGCAAGAAGUGCUUGCGACGCAGCGUCAAGAAUGGGAAGAGCGAGUUCUCGGCCCUGAGAAUCAGGACUCGGACGACCCGCUCGAGGCAUGGUGUGCCUACGUCAAGUGGUGCAUCGACAACUACCCUGAUGGCAAAAGCUCAGAUAGUGGCAUUGUACCGCUGCUUGAGCGUGCUACACGUGAAUUUCGUUCGUCGGAGCAGUACCAAAACGACUCUCGAUACCUGCGGCUGUGGAUACUGUACGCCCAGCAUACAGAUGUCCCGCGCGACGUGUUCCAUUUUUUGAUGGCGAAUGAGAUUGGCACGAAGCUCGCAAGUCUGUAUGAAGAGCUGGCGCAUGUCCUGGAGAGCUACGAAAUGUAUGACGAGGCCGACGAAAUGUACCGACUCGGCAUGGCCCGCCGCGCCAGUCCACUCGAUCGCCUUAAGCGGCGUUACCAUGAAUACCAGAAACGCAUUCUCGAGAUGCCGACAUCGACGAACGAUGGCGAACCCAUGACGUAUGCCAAGGCUCUCGCUGCAGCCAUGGCACGCGCCGGCCGCAGUGUGCUCGGAGUCAAGACGGGCAGAGGCGCUGAGAGUGUGCCCACCAAUGUGCUGGGCUCUCACCAGCCGCUUUCAUCCGCAGCUGUCCGUCCUAAUGCGCGCACCAUGCACGUGUACUGUGACAACGACGAAAACGGUGUCGCUCCUGCAUCUGGUGGAUCGUGGGCGAGUGUUGGUACGUCCGCCGAGCGACACAAGGAAAAUGCAUCGGGCCGUCGCGGCCUGCAACCACUUGGCGUCCAGACGCCCCGUACACAGACACGCGCGCUCGAAGUGUUUUGCGACUCGGACGAAGACGCGAGUCCGCGACGCACGCCCCGUCCAGAUGAUGUGUUUCAGCGACACGCACGCAGUGAGUCGGACAAGCUGCGCCAGAAUCCAUUUAUGCACUACGACCAGGCUGCUUUGCGCCCAGCGCCCACAGAGCCUGCUCGGCCGCGCACAAAGAAGCACGCGCCGUCCAAGCCCGUGCAUGAGCGCCAUGUCGUCCCGCUCGAUGCCAUGUACCCAGACGCCGACCUCACAGCAGCUGUGCGGGACAAAGCCCAGCCCAUUCCCCCCACGCGCGAACUGUGCAUCGAGGAGCUCAUGGCACGGCGUCGUCAGAUGCCUGAAGCUUCCAGCACGGAUCCAUGGUCUCACCUCGACGCGUGGCACGGGCGGUGGCUGCCCGAAUUGACCCGUCGGCCGCCGAGCCCCACGCUCGUGACCAAGGCCGCCAUGGAAGAGGUGGAGCACAUGUUCAAUGGCGAGGAAAGCUCGUCCGAGGAGGAUGACAGUGAGACGGAUGACGACGAUGUGCGGUACCCCCUACCCGCGCACCGCAUGCCUGUGCACGACGACGAGAACAUUGGCUUGCAGCCGAAGCAGCCGCAAAGCGACCGCCGACCUCUGGGCGCGACACCGCAGCGUGUCACGAGUGGCAGUGAUGAGGCCGACGAAGCUCGUGCGCCGUUCCAGCCACUCACACCCAUCACCGAGCGCACCGAGCGCACAGACUCGUCGCGCUGGACACUAGAUGUGCCGAGUGAAGACGCUAUGCCGUACGGCGGUCUGCGCGCCCCACCCACGUCGCUUGCUAUCCCGAAUCCGUGCUCACCCGCCGAUCCAGACAUUGUGAGUACGCUGCUAUCGAACCUUGCACGCCCCGUGACGCAGCUGCCUGGCUACGUCGACGAAGCGCAUGAGUCGCAGUACCUCUCGACGCUACGCGCGCGUCUCGACGCCCGUUCUAGGCGGUCGUCGGUGGGCAACGGAUGCGAUGUCCAAGUGGCUGAUAUGCAGCUGAGCGUCUACUCGCGUCUGGGUGAGGGCGGCUUUGGCUCAGUGUUUCUGGCACAAGACAUGAAUGAAAGUGUGCCGCUCGCGGGUCAAGUCACCGCUUCGUACGCUGACGUCGAUCAGGACGACAUUGACGAGCUCGAGCGCCGCCAACUGCUGGCCCUCAAGAUCGAGUCGCCGCCGAAUCCAUGGGAGUUUUACAUUCUGGAUCAGCUGCGACACCGCCUGCCUGAUCAGCUGCAGGCAUCGAUAGUAGGAGCCCGUCGCUUUGUAUCGUGUGCAAACGAGUCGCUCUUGCUUCUCGAGUAUGCCUCGAUGGGCACACUCCUUGAGCUGGUGAACCAUGCAGCUGAGGCGGGCGUCAGCAGUGUGCUGGGCCAGGGCGGCGGCGUGGAAGAAGUGCUGGCCAUGUUCUUUGUGAAUGAGCUGUGCCGCAUUGUUCAAGGCAUGCACGAGGCUGGUCUGAUACACGGCGACUUGAAGAUCGACAAUUGCAUGAUCCGUGCCGAUGACGUGGACGAAUGGACGUCGACGUAUGCGGCCGACGGGUCCGGCGGAUGGGCCGCGAAAGGCGUCACGCUCAUCGACUUUGGGCGCGCGAUUGACAUGUGCUGCUAUCCACCGGAUCAGCGCUUUCUGGCUGAUUGGCAGCCAGGCGCGCAGGACUGCGUCGAAAUGCGCGAAAUGCGGCCAUGGACGUACCAGGCCGACUACUAUGGUCUUGCGAGCAUUGCACAUUGCCUCCUGUUUGGAAAAUACAUGGACACAACAUGCUACGUCAACGACGAUGGGCUCAAGACAUACAAGAUUCAGCAGUCGCUGCGGCGGUACUGGCAGACGGAUCUGUGGACGCGCUUCUUCCACCUGAUGCUGAAUUCCACACAUUACCCGGCCGUCGGGCCACAACUCACAGAGUUGCGGGCCGAGAUGGAUGCGUGGCUGACAGCACACAGCUUCCAUGCGGGCAAGAAUCUCAAGGGGCUGCUGAAAAAAGUCGAGAUUUGGGCUCUACGACGCGUUUAG